CAUGGCGACCCCGGGUGCUGCUGCUGCUGCUGGUUUCGCUGGUGGUCCUGGUGCACCAUCACAGUGCCGCCCGCAGUGAGAACUGUUAGUACGAGACAAAUCUAACUUCCUGUUCAGCGCGCUUUCCGCUGGCACCACGCCAACUCCGACACCGUGACGUCACGGCGUGUGUUCCCGCAGUGCUUGAUUGCGCGUGCGGAGGAAAGCUCGUCUCGGCGCUCUCCAGUUGGCUCCUGGCGCUCAGGCCGCGCGCGGUAUUACUGAUCCACUGGAGAGAGAGAGAGAGAGAGAAAGAGAGAGAGGCGACACCGAGCUCGAGUCUCAUGUCUGUAUCUUGAGUGUCCCAGCCUGACAUGGCAGCGGAGGAGAAUGAAUGCUCGAGCCUCCAGCUCUCCAAACAGAGCUCUGCUCCCGUGAGGUCGUGGGAGUUGGAGUCUUUCCUGGCCAAUCGCACACUCAGCUUCGUGUCCCAGCUUGAUGAGUGCUACAUGUGCCCGGCCUGCGGUGGCGCCAUUCUUAACCCCCACCAGACGGGCUGUGGCCACAUCUUCUGUGCCAAGUGCAUUAGAAUGUUCAUUGAGAGCAGCGACAUGUCCAAAUGUCCCUUAGAUGGCAUUUUAAUCAAGCCAGAAGAGGUUUUUCAAGACAACUGCUGUAAAAGAGAACUACUUAACCUUGAAGUUUACUGUAGCAACACUCCAGAUUGCACACAAAAAGUUCCUCUGUGUGAUUUGCAGAAACACCUAAAGCUUUGUCAGUAUGAGAUGCUGCCAUGCUCCAAUCCAGGCUGCACUGACAUUCUGUUUCGCAAGAAUUUAUCAGAACACCAGCAAAGCCUCUGCCCCUUUCGCACAGAAUUCUGUCGCUACUGCACCAAGCCAUAUCCAAUUUCCCAGCUCCCGGACCAUGAAAAGACAUCUUGCCCGGAAGCUGAAGUUCAGUGUCCCAAUGAUUGCUCUCAGAUUGUGAAGAAAUAUAAGCUGAAAGGACAUAUAGAUGAGUGUCCAGAGAUAGAGACAGACUGCAUUUAUAAGCAAUAUGGCUGCACAGUCCGAGAUAAAAGAAGCAAAGUGAAAGUCCAUGAAUACACUGAAUUUAGCCAUCAUGUGCUGCUUGUGCUAGAGAGCAACAGCAAGCUCGCCAAACAGGUAGACCAGCUGCAGAAGGACCUGGCCAUCCAGGAGAGGGAGCUGAAGGAAAGAAACUUACUUGUUGAUAAUCUUAAAAGAGAGGUGUCCAAGUGUGACAACACAUUUUCUACUAUCCAGAGGUCAGUGGCAGAGCAGAGGGAGUGUGUCUCCAGCGUUAAACAGGAGCUGCAGGAGCUCCGCAGUGUUCUGGAUGCUGAGCUGGCGAAAGAAGAGCUAAGGUCCCUCCGAGUUUCACUGGACUCUCUCAGACAGCAGGUGGCAAUGACGCAGAGCCUCAGAGAUCACCUGGGUGAGGACAGCAUGGGGGCUUUAGGGCAGACGUGUCAGCGUCACACUCGACUCCUAGACAUUCACGUGGAGCAGCUGCAGUGCAACGAGCAACGUUUUCGCCAGCUCGAGUCCACGUCAUAUGAUGGAAAGCUCAUCUGGAAGGUUCACGACUAUCAGCGCAAAAAGGAUGCCGGUGCACCGCUCACCUCACCGCCUUUCUACACUGGCCGCAGCGGCUACAAGCUGAGUGCCCGCGUGUACCCCGAUGGGGAAGGUAGCGCCCGGGGCACACACCUCUCCCUCUACGUCAUGGUGAUGAGAGGUGACUUCGACUCGCUGCUGCCGUGGCCGUUCCGCCAGAGCGUCACACUCACCGUGCUCGACCAGAGCGGCUCACGCAACCACAUCAGCUGCAGCUUCAACCCUGACACCAACAAAGAAAGUUUCCGCAGACCCACAGCUGAAAGCAACACAGCAUUAGGCUUUUCCCGUUUCAUCUCUCACACUGAUCUGGAAGGUCCCCGAAACGCAAUCUAUAUACGAGACGACACACUGUUCAUCAAAGUCAAGGUGGACACAACAGGGUUGGAGGAUUUGUAGUGUAUUCUGAGAGAGUGGAUCUUGUAAAGCUGGCCUUUAUAAGAUUUUUGUUUCAGGAUAUGAAAAUGCAUUUAGACAACUCAUAAAUGAAUGGCACGCCUCCAAAAACGACUGCCACUAGAAAUAAGUAAUAAACAUUGGUUUCAAAACUAUUUGUGUGCCACCCCAGUUAAAAUGUAGUGAAUCAUGUGUAAAGGUUUUUACCAGAAUUUCCCACAUUUCAAGGUCUUACAGUAUAUGUUUAUGACUAAGGUUUGUUCGUGUGGACAUCCUUUCAGAUCAAAGUUUUUAAUAAGGGUUAAAAAUCCAAAGGGAAUUUUUAGGCAGAAGAGAAAGAUAUUUUUUUUAGUAUUAUUAUUACUUUUUUUACAAUAGUACAAUUGUGUUGUGUUUCACAAUUGUGUUGUAAUGAAGGUCUUGUUUGACCUAAUGGCAGAGAAAAACUUGGUCUGGUCUAAAAUUUUCUGAUAUAUGUAUGUUCUGAACUUUGGAAUAUUCUGAUACUGCAGAAUUCAAAGUUGUCUCAACUCUUUACAAGAGUCAGCCCAUCAUUGUUUUUAAUAAUGCAAGAAAAAUGUUGAUAUAUAUUUUUUCAAGUUUUUUUUAUUAUUUAAGUAUUUUUGCCUGAUUCAGCAGAAAUAUCACAUUCCUUGUGUUUUAUGCUAAAGUGUGUCUGUAAUUGCAGAGCAGACUAAAUUAUUUUUAGCCGUAGAUUAAGUUAUUACUUUUUUUUCCUUCUUUCCUUUUUUACAGCACAUUUGCCUUAGAAUGAGGAAAUAGCUUAUAGGAGAAGCUGGGACACUGUAGUUAUGGUUUCUAAAAGUUUUUGUAGUUUUAUUUUUAUACAUGGUCAUAAAUGUGAUAUUUUCUUAAAUAAAGAUCUGGUGCAUGUUUGUUGGUG